AUUUGGAACCAACGAGUCAAGCAAGGACGCAGCAACGACAACUAAUCAGCCACUGACAGCUCAAUUACAAAGCUCGAUCCCCUCACUCGCUUCCUACUCCUUAAUCCAGCUGACCAGCUCGCAGCUGGGCCGAAGUCCCCAUCCCUGCCCGAUUCCCUCCUCGCCAACGCCGAGUCCAGCCCGCCCCGCGUCUGCUUCCGCGGAAAUCAUCGUGAAAUCGAGCGAAAACAUGCGAGAAAGCGUGAAGUCUAUGGGCAGCCGCGACAAGCUCUCGGCGGCGGCCGCGGCGUCGAGCUACCGGCGAGUCCUCUUGGUCGUCUUCGCCUCCUGCUUCGCCUUCGCCACCUACCUCACAUUCCUCUACACCACCCCCCACUUCACAUCCUCGACCGGCUCGAGCUCGGGGUCGGCCUCCUCCGGCUCCCGCGGCGGGGGCUCGGGGUCCGCCCUCCCGCUCCCGGUGUUCGACGCGCUGGUGCACUACGCCUCCACCUCAAACGCCACCCACCGCAUGACCGACACGGACAUCCGCGCCAUCGCCGCCGUGCUCAAGGUGCGCGCGCCCUGCAACCUCCUCAUCUUCGGCCUGAGCGCCGAGUCCCCGCUCUGGCUCGCGCUCAACCACGGCGGCCGCACCGUCUUCCUCGACGAGAACGAGUUCUACGUGAAGUACCUCGAGCCACGCCACCCGGGGCUCGAGGCCUACGACGUCUCCUACACCACCAAGGUCCGCGACUUCCGGGACCUCCUCGAGGCCGCGCGGGCGUCGCGCGCCAAGGAGUGCCGCCCCGUGCAGAACCUACUCUUCUCCGAGUGCCGCCUCGCCAUCAACGACCUGCCCAACGACCUCUACGACGUCGCCUGGGACAUGGUACUCAUCGACGGGCCGUCCGGGUGGAAUCCGACCUCGCCGGGCCGGAUGCCGUCCAUCUUCACCACCGCCGUGCUGACCCGCUCCGGCGCCACGGCGGCCAAAGGCCCCACCGACGUGCUGGUGCACGAUUUCCAGUUCGAGGUGGAGCAGGUCCUCAGUAAGGAGUUCCUCUGCGAAGAGAACCGCUUGGCCGGCAGCGGCACCCCGUCGCUCGGCCACUUCGUGAUCCGCCCGGGCGGCCCGCGCGACGCCUUCUGCGCCGGCCAGCAGAGCUCAAUCACAUCGGAAGAGAAGACCCUGCAAAGUUCGCAUCAUCGCACUGGGGAAAAAGAUGUGGUCUUGUACUGGCAAAUGAAAUCUGAUGAGGAGGACGAUUUUUUAGCUGGUGGGGAGAUGCCGAUGGCAGCAGGCAGGAUCAGCAUGAUCGGUGGUUGGAUCCAUCCAUUGUCUUCUCUUUUUCAUUUCUCCCUGCUCGGUUGCGUGCUUUGCUUGACGGUGCCAGGCGGUAAAGCGGAUCAGCUCGUCUUGCUAGCCUGAUCGAUCUGAUGCGCAUGUGUUCAUCCGUUUGGAUCAAUGUCAUGGAGUCACCAGAUCCAAGACAGAGGUGCCGUCGCAAGUAAUGGGCAAUGGGCUGGUGCGCGCUUGUAUCCGUGCAUGCUCCGCCCGUCGUUCCGUUAAAGUGUGUGUUUGUUUUUCCGCAUCUUCUCAUUCUGGCUUAGCGCAUACAUAUGAUCUGUAAAAUAAGGUUACAUAGUUUCAUGUAUCUACAGUUGCAGUUUGGUCAAAAGAAUACAAAUAUAAAGUUUCAUCUUAACUUA